UGUGAAAUAAUUAGUCUUUCCUAGCCUCUUGCUUCCCACCUUCCCCCAUGGAAGCCAUCUCCAUCUUCACUUAUCUAGCUCUCCUCCUUCUCUUCUUCCUCCUAACCAAACCCUUACUAACCAAUGGCAGGAACAAGAAGAAGAAGAAUCUUCCUCCAAGCCCUCUUAAUUCCCUUCCCAUCCUCGGCCACCUCCACCUCCUCCAAAAACCGCUCCAUCAAUCCCUUGCACGUCUCUCGGCUCAACACGGCCCGAUUCUCCUCCUUCGCUUCGGCAUCCGCCCGGUCCUCGUCGUCUCCUCCGCCUCCCUGGCUGAAGAAUGCUUCACCACCAAUGACCUCUCCUUCGCCAAUCGCCCAAAAUUUCCCUCCUCCAAAGUCUCCACCUACAACUACUCCGGCAUAGGAUCCGCCUCCUAUGGCCCUCUGUGGCGUGAAAUGCGCCGCAUAGCCACCAUCGAAAUCCUUUCAGGGCACCGCCUCGCCUUCUUCUCAGAUGUCCGGGCCGAUGAAGCCCGGGCCUUAGCUCGUCGACUCUUUCGUGAUUCCACUCGUGAGGAUUUCACGAGGGUGGAGCUCAAGUCGCGGCUUUUUGGUCUGGCCAUGAACGUGAUGAUGAAGAUGAUGGCCGGAAAAGGAUAUUAUGGCGAAGAGUUUGACGAUGGGGAGGCCCGACGCUUUAGAGAGAUAGUCGAAGAGGGUUUCACUCUUAGCGGUGUUUCUAACGUUGGAGACUUCCUUCCUAUAUUGGUUGGGUGGUUUGCCCGACGAAGAACGCUGAGUAAGCUCACUCGGAUUCACAAUUACAGGGAUGGCUUUAUGCAGGCUCUUCUAGAUGAUUGUAGGAGGAACAUAAAGGUGGAAGAAGAAGAAGUAGGAAAGUUAUCAAAGGAAGAUCAAAGGAAUCAUAGAACAAUGAUAGAUUCUCUCUUAUCACUCCAAAGAACCUAUCCAGAACAAUAUGAUGAUUGUUUCAUCAAAUCUCUUAUUACGACUCUGUUAACAGCAGGGACAGAUACUUCAUCAAACACUGUAGAAUGGGCAAUGUCUCUGCUACUAAACAAUCCUGAAAAACUUGCUAAGGUUGGGGAAGAGAUUGAUGAGAAAGUAGAGAAUGGUCGCCUGCUUGAAGAAUCAGAUCUCAAUAGACUUCCAUAUCUCCAUUGUGUCAUCAACGAGACACUUCGAAUGUAUCCAGUAGGUCCUCUGCUUGCACCUCAUGAGUCAUUAGAAGAUUGCAAGGUAGGAGGUUAUAAUAUACCAAGGGGAACGAUGCUUUUGGUGAAUGCUUAUAUGAUUCAGAGGGAUCCAACAAUAUGGCCGGAGCCAACUAAGUUUCUUCCAGAAAGAUUUCUUCAGAACAAUAAAGUUGAAGGAGGGAAGAUGAUUCCUUUUGGAAUGGGGAGAAGAAGAUGUCCGGGUGAAGGACUUGCCAUGAAAGAGGUGGGCUUGGUUUUGGGUACUUUGAUUCAGUGUUUUGAGUGGAAAAGGAUUGGAUUGGAGGAGGUGGAUGUGAAGGAAGGCUCGGGCAUCACGAUGCCUAAAGCAACUCCUCUCGAAGCCUUAUGCAGGCCACGCGAGGCCAUGAUUUCUACUUUGUCUCGGCUUUAGGAACAAAUAUUACGUUCGGAUUUCAAUUAGAUUUUGUCAAAUGGAUCCGAUUUAAAAUAUUUUUCUCUUCUGAAUAAGUAUGAAGCCAGAAGUCCGAUCUGACCUACAUUGAUUGAUGUGUUUGUGCGGCAUAAGUAAAUUGUAAUUUUUGGAAUGUAAAUUGUUUAUCUUGAAUUUUGAAAAUCUUUUCUUGUGCUUCGGGAGCCUUUCCUUUUCG